GAGAGGAACAGAAGAUAGAGAUAUAGAAGAGGGCUUGUUUGAAGCUCAUCUCAUCAUUGUUUGUUUCAUUCAUCAGAGAAGAGAAUGGCUUCACAGACAUCAAGGAUUGUUUUCCGCAUUGUGAUUGUGAGUCUUGUCUUUCUCCUUCUCUUCUACAUUGGUCGUCCUCUGUAUUGGAAAAUCUCCGCUACCGUACACGACAUCCGCAACAACAAACAAACUGUUCGACAAGGUCUUUCCCAAAUCGUCAUGGAAGCUCAGAAAUCGGUGGGUUGGUAUCACGACGAGUCCGACUCAGGGUUUCGUGCUAACACCCGAAAGCUGCUUCUUCAUAAGCCCUUUUUCACGUUUUUGGGUUAGAUUUUGAUUGAGAUUUUAUUUCUUAUUUUCUAAUUCAUGUUUCUAAGAUUUACUUUUGUGGUUCUUUCUUGUCGUAUAGUAUAUAGAGGGACAAUAAUGAGGUAGACGAAUCUUAUCUUAUUAAAUUACAAAAUCAUUUAGGGGCUUUUCUCUUUUUGUGUUUAUUUAACUCGUGAUUGUGUUUUAUUCAUGAAUCCAUUGAUCCUUCUUUAAGGGGAAAAAAUUGAUUAUGUGCGCUUAUUAGAUUGAGGCUUCUUAUAGCUCUAUAAUUUGGGAAGGGAAUAGUUGAUUUGGUUAAUAGGAUUAAGAUUGAAAUGGGAACCGACAAUGUAUCCAUGUCAUAUAACAGUUGUUCCCUUCAGUUUAUGCUGUAGGAUAUCCAUCUUAGGGAACUGGAGAGAAAUGUUUUUCAUACUAAGUGCAGGUUCCUUUCCUCAAGUAAGAAGUUUGAUAGCAGGAUCUAAUAAAUGUCAAUAUUAGUAUAGUUGUUCAAUUGCUGAGAUAACAGAGAUCUAAGCUUGUGUCAUAUAUCACUGCAUUAUUGGGUUCUUAUUUUCGGCCAGUGGAUCUACUAAAUUUUGAUUUUGUUUAGCCUCUUGUCAUCAGUGCUAUGCACUCUACUACUCUAGCAUGGUAGGUAGAGGCUCUCAUGUGGCCAAGGAGAAGCUCCACAGGCCAAUUCUUUUAAAGUUUUCCAAUUCAUAUGAUAAUCAAGUGCAAAUUGCCCGAGUUCCUGGCUUCUUCAAUUAUUAUGUUACUCUAUUAAUUUUUUUGCCGCUCAUUCUCUUCCACCAAGUACUCUCGUCGG